CUUUUUCUCAUUCUACCACCAUUAUAGAGUAAUAGAAUCUAACAGAGAUGACACAAAAGUUGGAAGCGCAUGGGAAAACGAAUCCAGAUAACCAAUAUAAAUGGGAUGAUGGAUCGGACCAUGAAGGUGUAACAAAGAUAUAUGUACGAGUUGAUCGUGAAGGCAUACAGUUCAUCAAGUUUGACUAUGUCGGGAACGGACAACUUAUAGAUGAAUCAUUCCAUGGUUUCUCAAAUCAAGGUUGCACACAGAUGUUUGAGAUUGAUCAUCUAAAAGGUGAAUAUCUUGUAUCUGUUGAGGGUUACCACGACUACGAGGUGAUUCAAGGACUUCAAUUCAAAACAAACUUGAAAGUCUCUGAAAUGAUGGGAUAUGAGUAUUCUACUAAUAAAUUUACACUAGCCUUGUAUGGCAAGAAAAUCAUUGGGUUUCACGGAUCUGCUAUGUCAAACCUCAACACUCUUGGAGCGUAUGUUACAAGCAUUACUCCAACUAAAAUGGAAGCAAAAGGAGGAAAGGGAGGCAAAGAGUGGAAUGAUGGAGGAGACUAUGAAGCUAUAACAAACAUUCAUGUACGAAUUACUACAAAAGGUAUAAAGAACAUCCAAUUCGAUUAUGUGGACAAGGAUGGACAUCCAAAAGUGCUAAUCCAUGGUUCUACCACGGGUGGAGGCACGCUCGAGCCGUUUGAGAUAAACCAUGCUGAAAACGAAUAUCUACUGUCUAUCGACGGUUACUACAACGAGACAUCCGGUGUGAUUCAAGCGAUUCGAUUCAAAACCAACAUGAAGAUAUCGGAAAUGAUGGGAGGCAAGGACGAUGACGACGACGAUGAUGAUGAAGGCGAAAUGGGUACAAAAUUUUCAGUAGGAUGUCCCGGCAAUAAGAUCAUUGGAUUUCAUGGAUAUGCCGACAAGAAGCUAUACUCUCUUGGAGCAUAUUUCACAUCACUUCCUAUAACUAAAAUGGAAUACAAAGAUAGUGCUAAAGGAAAACUAACCGAUGAUGGUAGUUCAGGCUAUCUUUGGGAUGAUGGUACUUUCCAAGGAGUAAGAAAAGUGUACGUUUACUAUGAUGGUCAUUACAUAAGGUGUGUCAGGUUCGAGUACGAUAAUGGUGGCAAAGUGGAAUCUCGUGAGCACGGGUCAAAACCUAUAGCUGAUAGGGUACAAGAAAAAGAGUUCGUCCUGGACUAUCCAAAUGAAUUUCUCAUGUCCGUGAAGGGAACUAGCACAGAAGCUUACAUUGAAGGUUAUCGUUCGUUGAUUACAUCGUUGAGUUUCAAAACAUCAAAAGGGAGGACCUCUCAGACAUUUGGAAAUGAGUUUUGUAGCAGUCCUGUUGAAUUCGAGCUUGAAAAGAAAGGUUGUGCUAUUGUUGGGUUCCAUGGGCGGUCUCGUUAUUAUGUUCUUCAUGCUCUUGGAGCAUAUUUUUUUCCGAUUCCUCCUGCUCAAUAAGUUCUCACUGAUGGUGGUAAUGAUCAUGUUCUUUAUUUGUCUUUCUAUAUAUGUUUUACCUUUUGUUUUAAACUUCUUCUUCACCAGAAAUUUUUGGACCAAGAUCCAUAGACCAUAGUCUUCUUGAACAUGAUCAUUACCACCUUUGUUAAUUAAACUUAUAUGUCAAAUAUUUUGAAUUGAACUUCACAA